AAUAAGUGAUUUUCUCAAAGUUUACCAAACGAGCUGGACUUUUUUAAAAAUUACUUAUCACCCCAAAUAAGUAAUGUCAAACAGGCACUAUGUAGUUUCUUAGAAAGCACUUAAAUUUUUAACAAAAAUUUCGACAUUAUUUAGGCAUUAAAUGGUUGAUAUAAAAUUAUGGGAUGAAAAAAAAAAAAUCAAAACCCCAUCAACAAUUAUGUUCACUGCUUAUUAAAAGAAAAAAAAAAAAAAACAAUUAUGUUCAAUGCCAACGUGAGCUUUUGGUCUUGCGCACGGCCUAAGGCAACAUAUUGGAUCAAAAUUGGGGCAUUAUGUUUGGCCCAAACCCAACCCUAGCUUUGUUUGCUCUAUUCACCGCCUUCAAAAUUGCCUUGCUUGUUUUGGCACUCUGUUUAUUUAGUUAUUACUUGUUGGCACUCCAAAACCAAAAUCGCUGAUACAUCCCAAAACCCAAACCAAAUCAGACGAACAUGGCUUCGAAGAAGAGUAACCAUAACCCUCACUCAGGCGACGGUGCUAGCCCUGGAAAGAUAUUCAUCGGUGGCUUAGCUAAAGACACCACCUUGGAUACCUUCGUUAAGUACUUUGAGAAGUAUGGGGAGAUAAUAGACUCUGUGAUCAUGAAAGACCGGCAAACUGGUCGACCUAGGGGAUUUGGGUUCAUCACCUAUGCGGAUCCUUCAGUUGUUGACCAAGUUAUGGAAGAGACUCAUGUAAUCAAUGACAAGCAGGUUGAGAUAAAGAGAACCAUUCCAAAGGGUUCUGGACAGGGAAAUGAUUUCAAAACAAAGAAAAUUUUUGUUGGCGGGAUUCCAACCACAGUUACUGAAGAUGAGUUCAAAAGUUUCUUUUCACAAUUUGGAAAGGUGGUGGAGCAUGAGAUCAUACGUGAUCAUGUCACUAAGCGCUCUCGAGGUUUUGGAUUUGUUGUAUUUGACAACGAAAAAGUUGUUGAUAAUGUUCUUGCAAAUGGAAAUAGGAUUGAUAUGGCUGGUACACAGGUUGAGAUCAAGAAGGCCUCACCAAAGAAGGCCUCAAACCCAGCACAUGUUCCUGCAUUUGGUAGUGACUCUAGGGCACACCCUUACAAUGAUAGUUUCGGUGGAUUUGGAGACUCCAUGAGUGGUUUCGGUCCUGGUGGUUAUGGUGCUGGAGGUUAUGGCCCUGCUUCUUAUAGGUCACUGGGAGGUUUUGGCAGUAGGUUUGGUGAUUAUGGUGGAUAUCCAGAUGGUAAUGAUUUUGGAGGUGGUUUUGGGGGCUUUGGUGGUGGUGGUGCUUUUUCUGGUUAUCGUGGAGAGUCGUCAUUCGGUUAUUCUAGUCGCUUUGGUUCUUAUGGUGGAGGGAUUGGUGGGGGAUAUGGUGGUAGUGGGUUAGGUGCAUAUGGCCGUGAAGCUAGGGGCUAUGGUGGUUAUGAUGGUUCAGGCUCUGCUGAUGGUUAUGAUUCAGGACCUGGUGCUAGUUAUGGUGGAACUCGAAGCUUGUACGGUAGUAGGGCAGGUUAUGGCGGCAGUAGUCGUUACCACCCUUACGGAAGGUAGACAUAUACUUAAGCUUCCCAAUAGAAGUUGCACGCAGGUUCCAAUAUCACUCUUUGCGUCCUAUGGUUCCAUUGUCACUAGGCACUACUGCAAGAGGCACUAAGCUAGAAGAUGAGAUGAACCAUUAGUUUGCCCCUCGGUCUACUCUGUGGCAUGGACAUCCAAAGUUAGAUUAUCACUAAUUUAGAGACUUUGUCAAUUAUUGGCUUGUGAUUCUAGUUAGGCAUCUUUUGUGUGCUCUGUAUGAAUGAUUGUCAUCAUAUAUUGAGACUUAGACACUUACUGUUUUGUGAUCAGCCUAGAGUAUGAGAUAUAUUCAAACAGAGUUCUAUUCUUUUGUUAACAUUUCUCUGUCUCAGUCGGCAAGACUAUCAAUCAAGACUGCACAUUGUGUUUAGAUAAAUUACACGAUUUUAUCGAUCAAUCUGAUCGAUGAACU